AUGGCGGCGAACACAAACAUUUCCAAGAAGAGGAAGUUCGUCAAUGACGGUGUCUUCCAGGCGGAGCUGAACGAGUUCCUCUCUCGCACUUUGGCAGAGGAUGGGUAUUCUGGUGUUGAGGUCCGUGUGACGCCUAUUCGCACGGAGAUCAUUAUCCGUGCAACAAGGACGCGCGAGGUGUUGGGCGAGAAGGGACGCCGCAUCAGAGAACUUACAUCUCUCGUGCAGAAGCGCUUCGGCUUUCCUCCCGACUCCGUCGAACUCUUCGCGGAGCGCGUCGAGAACAGAGGACUCUGCGCCAUGGCUCAGGCAGAGAGCCUGAGAUACAAACUUCUGAAGGGCCUUGCCGUGCGCAGAGCUUGCUAUGGUGUCUUGAGACACAUCAUGGAGUCUGGAGCCAAGGGUUGCGAGGUCGUCGUGUCUGGAAAGCUGAGAGCUCAGCGUGCAAAGAGCAUGAAGUUUAGAGAUGGAUACAUCAUCUCAACUGGCGAGCCCAGACAGCGUUUCGUGAACCAGGCUAUCAGAUCUGUGCAGCUCCGCCAGGGAGUGCUGGGUGUGAGGGUAAGCAUCAUGUUGCCGUUCGACCCCGAGGGCAAGCAAGGACCAUCAACUCCUCUACCCGACACCAUCAUCGUCACGGAACCUAAGCCCGACAUCUAUGUCGUGAUGGGACCGCCAGACCCUACACAGGCGUUCUGCCCCCCUGCUCUCUAA